AUGCGUUUCCUCUCAGAUGACAGAAAGGUCGACCCCAAGGCUGCUCAAAUGCAGGUCCUUGCUCUCGGCCUGUCGCGCUGUGCAACAUCCUCCCUUCAAGCAGCGCUCGAAUCCGAUGUCAUAAAGCUAGGCCCGUGUUUACACAUGGCUCAUAUCGCACCUCACGCGGACCGCGAGAGAAUUGUCAUCCAGGCUCUCAGGGAGCCCGACGCUGAGAAGAGGCAUAAGCUUCUUCACAAGAUCUUUGAUGGAUACUCCUCGACAUGUGACUUCCCCGGCUGGGCGUUUUCGGCUGAUCUUAUGGAUAUGUAUCCUGAUUCCUUGGUUAUCUUGAACAAGCGCAAGUCGGGAGAAGUAUGGCUCAAGAGCAUCGGCGACACGCUGCGCUUCUUUGGAACCUGGCGCUAUCUUCUUCCCACGUAUCUAUGGACAACAGAUAGACUGCACUACCAGAUCCACCAAGAGGCAUACGGCUGGGGCAAAAGAACCCUUGGUUUAACGGAUCUUUACUCUUCUGAGUUCUACGACGCAUAUUUUGCUUGGGUACGCAGCGAGGCGGAUAAGAGGGGCAUGAAGGUGCUUGAGUGGCAAGUGCAGGAUGGAUGGGGGCCGCUGUGCGAGUUCCUUGAUAAAGAUGAGCCGAAAGAUAGGCCUUUCCCGAACUUGAACGACGCGAAGGAAACGAAUUUUGUUAAGAAGAUUCUUAUUGCAAGGGGCUUGGUUUCGUGGGGACUUUUGGCUGGUUUGGGAUGGGCGGGAUGGAAGUUUGGGCCUGACAUGGUUGAGAAGUGGUUGUGA